AAAAAGUUCGUCCUCUUUGUUUUGCUGGUUUUUUUUUGUUGAAUCGCGAUUAAAAUUAGUACAUUGUCUGCAAAAAUAUUCUCCCAAGCCCCAUCAUUAAGUUAAUUGAAAAUGGUUAACCAAAGGAGUUUGUAUGUUCUUAAGAGAGAUGGCAGGAAACAAGACAUUCACUUUGACAAGAUAACAUUUCGAAUUAAAAAGUUGUGUUAUGGUCUCAAUCUUGAUUUUGUUGAUCCAGUGGAGGUGACUAUGAAAGUUAUAAGCGGAUUGUAUCCGGGUGUCACAACGGUUGAGUUGGACAACCUGGCUGCAGAAAUCUGUGCCACCCUCACUGCAAAACACCCCGACUAUGCUCUCCUUGCCGCCAGAAUUGCAAUGUCCAACCUUCACAAGGAGACAAAAAAGUCAUUCAGUGAUGUUAUGUCGGACCUCUACCACUACUACAAUCCUGUCACUGAGCGGAAUAGCCCGAUGAUCUCGAAGGAGACGUACGACGUCAUCAUGGCUAAUGCUGACCGACUCAACUCCUCCAUCAUCUAUGAUAGAGACUAUGGCUACACUUACUUUGGCUUCAAGACCCUAGAAAGAUCUUACCUGUUGAAAAUAAACAAGAAAGUGGCCGAACGUCCUCAACACAUGUUAAUGAGGGUCUCCAUUGGCAUCCAUGGAGAUGACAUCGAGUCAGCCAUUGAGACGUACAAUUUAUUAUCUGAAAAGUGGUUUACACAUGCUUCCCCCACCCUCUUCAACGCCGGCACCAACAGGCCUCAACUGUCUAGUUGUUUCUUGGUGGCCAUGAAGGAAGACAGCAUCGAGGGCAUCUACGACACCCUCAAGCAAUGCGCCCUCAUCUCCAAAAACGCGGGGGGUGUCGGGCUGUCCGUACACUGCAUCCGGGCUGCUGGGACGAUCAUUGCCGGGACAAAUGGUACAUCUAAUGGCCUAAUCCCCAUGCUUCGAGUCUACAACAACACUGCUAAGUAUGUCGAUCAAGGAGGAAAUAAGAGACCAGGUGCCUUUGCAAUUUACUUGGAGCCAUGGCAUGCUGACAUUUUUGAGUUUCUUGACUGCAGGAAAAAUACAGGCAAAGAGGAAUGUAGGGCUCGUGACCUCUUCUAUGCUCUCUGGGUUCCUGAUCUGUUUAUGGAGAGGGUGGAGCAGGAUGGUAACUGGACCCUGAUGUGCCCUCAUGAGUGUCCAGGGUUGUACCAGACCUGGGGGGAUGAGUUCAGGGCCCUUUAUGAAGAGUAUGAAAGAAAGGGCAAAGGUCGCAGGGUUGUCAAGGCACAAGCUCUCUGGUACGAAAUAAUCACUUCACAGGCUGAAACUGGCAACCCUUACAUGUUGUACAAGGACAGUUGUAACAGGAAGUCAAACCAGCAGAAUCUUGGUACGAUCACUUGUAGUAACCUCUGCACGGAGAUCAUUCAAUAUUGCGAUCCGAACGAGGUUGCAGUGUGCAACUUGGCAUCCAUAGCAUUGAACCAAUUUGUGAGGUCCGACCGUACAUUCGAUUUUGAGAAGUUGGAGUACGUCGUUGGUGUUGCAGUCAAGAAUUUGAACAAAAUAAUUGAAGUCAACUUCUACCCUGUUCCUGAAGCCAAAACGAGCAACAUGAGGCACCGACCGGUAGGAAUUGGAGUUCAGGGCUUGGCAGAUGCCUUCCUACUUAUGAGAUAUCCAUUUGAGAGUGCAGAGGCCCAACAAUUGAACAAGGACAUCUUUGAAACAAUUUAUUAUGCCGCCCUAAAAGCAAGCUGCUCAUUGGCUGAGAAGUUCGGUCCAUAUGAAACAUACGAAGGGUCUCCAGUCAGCAAAGGGAUCCUGCAGUUUGAUAUGUGGAAUGUCGUGCCAUCCGACAGACACAACUGGUCUUCACUUAGAGAAGACAUCAAAAGACACGGAGUUAGGAACAGCUUGCUUGUAGCUCCGAUGCCCACCGCUUCCACAGCUCAAAUUCUCGGAAAUUGCGAGAGUUUUGAGCCAUACACCAGCAAUAUUUAUACUAGAAGAGUCCUAUCUGGAGAGUUCCAGGUUGUCAACCACCAUCUUCUGAAGGAUCUCGUUGAGUUGAAUCUUUGGAAUGCCGACAUGAAGAACUUACUCCUUGCCAACAGUGGGUCUGUCCAGAACAUCAACUCUAUCCCUGACCACAUCAAGUCUUUGUACAAAACAGUCUGGGAAAUCUCACAAAAAACAAUAAUCAAGAUGGCUGCCGAUCGGGCUCCCUUCAUAGACCAGAGUCAGUCCCUGAAUAUCCACAUUGCGGAACCGAAUUAUGGAAAGCUGUCGAGCAUGCACUUCUACUGCUGGAGGAUGGGUCUGAAGACAGGCAUGUACUAUCUGAGGACACGACCCGCUGCAAACGCCAUUCAAUUCACAGUCGACAAAUCUAAACUAAGAAUACAAAAUGGCGUCGCAAACCAAAAUGGUGGUGUUACACAUGGCGUCUUGACCCAGAAAAGUGCCCCCUCACAAAACGGCCAAAACAGUCCGACAACAUCGAACGGAGGCAUCGAUGAAGUGUCAAAAAAGAUGGAGGCUAUGGUCUGCUCUCUCCAAAACAAAGAAGAAUGUAUGAUGUGUGGUAGUUAAGAAAGUUGGAGUCGUCUGUCUGUGUAUUUUUUUCCAAAGUCUGUUUUGCUUGUUGCGUUGACAUAAUUUGUGAUGAGAGAAAUUUUUUUUUAAACAUUGGUGUAAGAAUUCCUCAAGCUGUUUUUAAAUGAUUUUUUUUAAUUUUUUUUCUUCAUACAUAGAUUUUAUUUCUGGUUUUUAUUUGGUUUCAGUGAAUUCGUGGUUAUAGUUACCGUUAAGUUGUUACAUGACUAAGGAUUAAUAAAACUAUAAUGAAUGUAAUUUAUCAGUAUUUUAACAAUUAUAUUGCAAUUAAGUUUUCUUAAUAAAUUUUAUGGGCUAGUAUGUGAGUUCACAUUCAGC